AUGGACCCUCUGAGCAUCGCUAGUGGCGUAGCCGGCCUCUUAACAGUCGCAGCUUCCAUCGUUAAAGUCUUCGACAAAGUAAAGACCAGUCUUGAAGAUUGUCCCCGAACAGUGAUCUGGGCACACGCUGAAACAAGAGAACUGCACUGGGCUAUCGAGCGACUGAAAGGUCUUAUCGAUGAUCCUGAUUCGGUACCAAAGACAGCGCGGAUGUCAGUUGACAUUCACGAUGCGACGGUCACCAUUAGCGAGUUGGUUACGACGUGCGAUCGGCUGAUUUCAACGCUCAAGCCGUUGGAUGAGAAUCGGACUUUGCAUUUGAAUAAAUGGGAUAAGGUUCAGUGGUUCAGAGUGCAGGAUGAUGUAGUUAAGUACAUACGGGAGAUGCAGGCUCAUAAGAGCUCUGUCACUCUUAUCCUAAAUAUCCUACAAUGUGACUCGGACGUGGUCAUCAUGGAAUCUCAGGACAAACUAGCCAAGAAGAUCGAAAAGGUUCUACAAAACAGCGAACUCACUCAACAGCGCGUGGAAAGAAUCGAGGCCUUAUUCAAUACAUACAUUAUGGAGAACCCAGCUCUAUUCCCUUCGAAUAGAUCAUCCUUGGGGACGACCCUCGCUAAUUGGCAAGAGGACGACGACGAGACGGAGAACUCAUCUAUGGCCACAUCAUAUAAAGAGGAAAAUCAUUGGAACGGCUUCAAUUCGAGCGAGAAGUCUUUGAGCUUUCCUCUGCAAGAACCAAUGGUUCCUCAGAUAUCAAGACCUGUACCAAAGCGCACUUCUUCAGCCGAGACUACAUCUAAGGCGAGCAAUGGAAUUUCGUCGCCGCCAAGAAAGGAAUUCGAAGAGAUGCUUGAAAAGUCACAUGUGUAUCAACGCGUGUACAAUUCAACAGACGCGUUCUCAAUAACCUCGACCCGCAAUCGCUCAAUAGUAGGUUCGGUGAUGACCAGCUUCAGUCUCGCCGACAACUCCUCCAUCCUAUCAGCAUUCCCCAUCAUGUCCAGGACUGAACUGAAGCAUCCCGAAUACUAUGUGCAGAUGAGUGGAAACCAGCGCUUGACUACAGAUUUGAUGAGAGCUAUCACCAUGCGCAGUGUAGUCAAGUCUCCUAUAGAGCCUAGUCCCGAAGCACCCUUUUCUCUCAAGCAGUUCCGCUCACCACCAAACUGCGGAGCAAACGUUAUGGGACGAUGGAGUAACUCUCGGACAAAGAUCUGGAAAGCGAAAGAGUUUCGGACAGAGAUUCAGUUUGAAGUUCCCUUCAUCUUUGUCUCGACCCCUGGAUCUACUGAUGGGCCUAUCCAAGAUGCUCAGGUGUACUUUAUCGAUGGGACGCGAAAGAGUUUGGAUGACACUCGUACGGAUCUCGAACCACCUCCUACAAAUACAAGAAACAAAGCAGGUCGAGUGAUCAAGAACGAGAGAGCAACAUGGCUCACUCUCCUAUCAAGUCUGCAAAAAAUGGAGAACCAAUCCCAAAGUUGGACAAGACAACAAAUCAUGAGUCUAAGACCACGUCCAGCCAGUGCCCAAGCGAUCUUAAGCUCCAUCUCGGGAAAACACAGUCUCCGCGCAGCUUUACAAAGUGAGAGAAAGAGCUGGGAUGAUAUGCCACCAUCAGUCAACCGUCCAUACGCAACCACCACCAUGAGCCAGUUGAUAGAGAUGCUGGCUAUGCUGGGUAUAUACUGGCGUGACUUUAACCCGACUUACAACAUUUACCAAGCCGAAGGCAAUGGAUAUCUUGUUAAAGGUCAUAAGAUCAGUGGAUUUGGCCUUAUGUUCUAUUUCCAAGCCUUGGAUAAAGCUGUUUUCGAAGAAACUAGGCCGAUUCCGGAUCGAGAGGCUAUGAGGCUUGCUUUUGGACAACUCCCGACAAUUCUAUCGCCUAGAAAGGUUUCUAAUGGCGAUACCCAUGAUUCUCCUUUUAUUCGCUUGGCGAGUCGAACGGAUGUUGCGGAUACUUUGACUGGCUUUGGUUGUGAUCGCAAGUCGGCAAACUAUUUCUUGAAAGAAGGCGCUGUAACAUCGCAUAUCUUCCCAGUAACAUUUGAAUUAAUGGGUAUGAUCGGCCAAAUAUUCCACAUCAGAGAUCUCUGUUUCAGAUACAUCCCUAACCCAUGUUACUUCGCUUGGUGCCCCAGAGAAUUCUCUCUGCCCAAGCUGCUCAUCUCUUAUCGAAGAUAUCUACAACAAGAGACGGGUGCAACUCGUGGACAGCUUUUUCAUCAUCUCAACACUCUCUUGGCGCCAAAGACGGAGAUCCAACUUCAACGAGACACUCCUGUUUAUGGCUGGCAGGCUCAGGACGCUCUUCAUUCGGUACUUAGCCAGUUGGACGAGACCCUGAGAAACUCUGGGGAUUCACAGACGCCUAGCGUACAUGAUGUUAUAGGAUCGCAUUUCGACGAGGUUCUGUGCCAAAUGAACGCAGCAUCCAAUGGUCAAGCAUUCCCACGCUUUGGGGGUGCAGACAAGGAAGACCUUCUGAUGAAGACGUACUUCCAAGAAAUCCUCCCGGCAUUGCGGUUGUCUUUUUCGGCGACGUUCUUUAAACUGAAGGAAUCCGAUGCAGAGUUUAAUGCCGCCAAAAGUGAAGACGCUCGGAAAGCAGAGUGUGCAGCAUAUCUUUUUGCUUCAAACGAGUUAUGGUGCACACUUAUUCUACGAAUGAUUUGCUGGCUUAUGUUGCACGAUUUCCAUAGUGAUGACGUUCAGAUACCAAAGGGACAUUUGUAUGGAAGUGAGAUGCGCAAUAUGCGCAGUACAUAA